CCUAUAGAUCCUCUUCCCCAUCUUUCCUCAUAAGAAAUAAGUGGUUUAUGGUUUUGCUCCGGUGUUUGGGUUUCUUUGCGGCCGCUCAAGAUCAACCAAUUCUUCGGGAAAGUGAAACCCAAGGCUCCACUGCCCAGCCUGACUGACUGCAUUGACACGGUGGACAGCAGGGCAGAAUCCAUUGACAAGAAGAUUUCUCGAUUGGAUGCUGAGCUAGUGAAGUAUAAGGAUCAGAUCAAGAAGAUGAGAGAGGGUCCUGCAAAGAGUAUGGUUAAGCAGAAAGCCUCGUGAGUUUUAAAGCAAAAGUGGAUGUAUGAGCAGCAGCAGGGCAAUCUUGCCCAAUAGUCAUUCAACAUGGAACAAGCCAAUUAUACCAUCCAGUCAUUGAAGGACACCAAGACCAUGGUUGAUGCUAUGAAACUGGGAGUAAAGGAAAUGAAGAAGGCAUACAAGCAAGUGAAAAUCGACCAGAUUGAGGAUUUACGAGACCAGCUAGAGGAUAUGAUGGAAGAUGCAAAUGAAAUCCAAGAAGCAAUGAGUCGCAGUUAUGGCACACCAGAACUGGAUGAAGAUGACCUAGAAGCAAAGUUGGAUGCACUGGGUGAUGAGCUUCUGGCUGAUGAAGACAGUUCUUAUUUGGAUGAGACAGCAUCUGUACCUGCAAUUCCGGAAGGUGUUCCCACUGAUAUGAAAAACAAGGAUGGAGUUCUGGUGGAUGAAUUUGGAUUGCCACAGAUCCCUACUUCAUAGAUUGGCAUCAUUCAAGUAUAUCUUGUAAAACAAACACAUAUUAUGGGA